GGCGGAGGGCGGGGCCAGGAAAAGGGCCUCUGUACGGAACCCCUCCCACCAGGGCGCCGCCAUUUUGUGUGGCGCCAUGUUAGGGGAAACUCCGGGACUUUUUUUCCCCCCCGGGUAGGGAGUAUUUGCGAGGGGCAAAAACUUUUUUUGUUUUUUAACUAUUAUAAACUCGAAGCUAUUUGUACUAUUAUACACUCCCAACUGUACGUUUUCUAGCUAGACGAAGGGGUUUGUGUAAGUCGCCAUUUUGAAGAGGAAACCCCGCCCUCUUUUUUUCAAAAAGGCGCUGUGGCCAAUCAACGUUCUUCCCACGAAUUCCAGCCACGAAUGCUUUUGGGAGGCGCCGUACUUGUGCCCUCUUAGAGCCAAAACAGUCCUAUAGCAACCUUAUGGGCGCCGCCAUCUUUAAUAAACACCGAGAUCCGUUUCUAAGGCAGAUUUUCGCUUUGCGGACACAUGUGACUGCUUUUUUUUUUGAACACUGGAGGAGGAAUAAAAGAAAUUCAUAUGACAAAGGCACGAAUGAAGUUAGUAUUGGAUUGCUAUGAGUUUUCCGGGCUGUAUGACCAUGUUCCAGAAGCAUUCCUCCUGACGUUUCGCCCAUAUCUAUGGCAGGCAUCCUCAGAGGUUGUGAGGUCUUUUGGAAACUAGGCAAGUGGAGUUUAUAUGUCUGUGGAAUGUCCAGGGUGAGAGAUGGAACUCUUGUCUGUUUGAGGCAAGUAUGAAUGUUGCAAUUGGGCAGCUUGAUUAGCAUUGAAUAGCUUCGAGGCCUGGUUACUUCCUGCCUGGGGGAAUGCUUGUAUUCUGUUCACGUAAUACAAGCCCCGUCCACACACAGUUACAUAAAUCCACACUGGCAGUGUGGACUCAAGGCUCUUCCACACAGCCAUAUAACACAGAAUAUCAAGACAGAACAUCCCACAAUAUCUUUGAAUAUCUCUGAGUCCACACUGCCAUAUAAUCCAGUUCAAAGCAGAAAAUGGGGGAUUUUAUUCAACUCUGUGGAAGGGGCCCCAAAUAAUCAAGUCUAAAGCAGAUAUUGUGGAUUAUCUACCUUGAUAUUUCUGGGUUAUAUGGCUGUGUAGAAGGGCCUCCAGUCACGAAUGGUUUUUGUUUGAAAAAUGUGUUUUUUUUUAAUCUUCCCUUCUAGACAGGCCUUAUAUCUCAGGAUCUGAUUCCAGGUUUUCUACUUUAAACCGGAUUAUAUGGCCAGAUAAUUUGGGAUAAACAGGAAACCCGGGAUAAAGGGCCCUGGUUUUACUAUAUGUUAUUGACGAACUAAAUAGUGUCAAUCACUCGAUUUGGGAAUCGUCACGCUCAUACAGCGCUUCCAGGGAUAAAACUUCCAAGUUUCACGCUUUCCUGGAAGCCGCCAUCUUGGCUCCGCCCCCCUCACUCGCCCUAUCACCAAAUAGAAAACACAGGUGGCGCCAUGAACUUCCCGGAUGUGCGCCUUCCUUUUCAAACACGGACCAAGAUGGCGCCUUUGUCAAAUGCCCGUAUAUGGGUGUCCUGUGUUAUUUGCAGGAUUCAAGAUGGCGCUCCCAGCAUCCCCGCUGCGGAGAUACACAUUCAAGAUGGCGGCUCCUUGAGGGGCGGAAUACUGCCUCAAGAUGGUCUCUGUAGUUUCAAACACGGAUCGUUGCUAAGUUCCCGGAUGUAGCUUGUCCCUCACUCCUGUCUGAAUCAUGGCGGGGAUGCUACAUUCCCGGAUGUUCAAACUUGCCCAUCGCCCGCUCUAUGCGGUAAACAAGGGGACUAUCUAAAAUGGCGGUUGCAGAAGCCUUCAGCGGCUGGCGCGCCUCAAAAUGGAACCAAGAUGGAUCCGGAUGGAGACUCGAACAAGAUGGCGCCAAGGGUUGUUGUUACAGAAAUUGAAACAAAUACUUUUCAAAGCUAGCAAGUAAACCAUCGAACAAAGCAGCCGGAGUCACAGCAGCAGCAACAACCAAACAGCCAUGCCGAAAGAGUGGGACCAGCCUUCAAAAAGUGACGCUUUGCGCUUGGAAAUCCAGAGAAACCCUGUCUUGCAAGUGUCUGGAAGUUUGGUGCUUUGCAUGGGCAUUGUGGCUUCUGGAAUCCUGGAUGGUGUUCAGAUAGAGACUGGGUUUGAGCACUAUGCUGAACCAACACUGUCACAAUUGCCUGCUAUCCUGUCUAUGCCUGCCAAUUGCUUAGUCAGUGUGGCUUAUGUGCUUCUGGGUUGGUAUUGGCUGCCGUCAGGUGGCAAGAAGAGUCCAACAUUUUACUUCCAGGAGGUCUUUGCCCUCAUGGCCCUUGUGUAUGGGCCUGUGCAGUGGAUCCGGCUCUGGACACAGCAUCGUUGGGCAGCUAUCUUGGAUCAAUGGUUGACCUUGCCCAUUUUUGCUUGGGUUAUGGUCUGGUGCCAUUUCCUGGAGCAUGGAUGGAAACCUAUCACCUUCCUGGCCAUGGAAAUGACUUCAUUGAUGAGCUACUCUCUGGCAUUGCUUCACCUCCAAGGCUUUGAACUAGCAUUGGGUGGACAUAUAUUCAUAGUUGUUUGGAAAGCAUGGAAGAUGCAGAGGCAUUUUGGUAAUGAAAUGUCUUUCCGCAUCUUGGUGCUUGGGAAGCUCUCUUGCCUGGGUUUUGUAUGCCUGAAGCUGUGGGACCAGGAACUGGUGCAAUGGGCACUCUUCCGCCGGCUCACGGGCCAUUUUUGGUCCAAGAUCUGUGAUGUACUGCAGUUCCACUGUGCUUUCCUCUUCUUGACUCAAUUAAGCAGACGCCAGCUCAGGCCUCUAUAAAGUAAUCCAUCACCUUCACAAACCAAAGUUAAUCUUUUCACUCAAAGACAUAAUGGCACAAUGAUGGUAAGAUGCAGUAUUAUUGGAUUUGAAAGAAUACAUAUUGCUCUGGUUAUUCUAAAUGUAAGAGGAGAUAGUUGGAGUCUCUUUGUGGCGAGUAAAAGCAAGGUAUAUAUAAAUAUAAUAACUAAUUCCAUUUUUUCCUCUUCCAGUUGAAAAUCUCCAGUCAGAAACUGCUGCUUUUAGAAAGCCAUGAAAAAAGCUCCACUCUAUAUACACGCAAGUAUAAGGACACCACUGUAGGGAAAGCAUAUGUAACAGAAAUGUAUUACUGGAUGACAGUUAUGUGCGCAUCCUGGACUGCCAAAAAAAAAACAAAUGAAUGAUCCCAGAGCAAAUCAAAUUUAAACUACCCCAACUGAGAGUGUUGUACUUUAGACAGAUCCUGAGAAGACAUGACUCACGAGAAAAGACAUUCAUGCUUGGAAAGGUAGAAGGAAGUAGGGAAAGAAAGAACACAUUCCAGAUGGGUAGAUCAAAUCAAGGAAGCCUCAGUCCUAAGUCUGCAAGACUGAAAGUGUGCCUUGGAAAUCCCCAUUCAAUAGAUUGUCAUAAGUUGAAGUUGACUUGUUGUCAGGAACAAAAAGAGAGGCAGUAGUUUCUGAGGAAUGAUGGGUAUCGGUAUUUAAUCUAAAGUUCAGGAUUUUAGCUUCCAUCUUAAUGUAUGGGUGACUUUUUACUGAUAAGUGUCCUCUCUGGAGAAGCUUAAUACUUCUGUUCCGAUCUUUUCAGUAGCAAGUCAAGAUCUCCGUUUCCUAGGCAUUUUAAAAACAAGUGUGAGAAAUGUGACCUUUCAGCCACUACUGAAUUUUUAAUAUCCUUUGAGUUUAGUUAGGGCUUCUGGGAGCUGCAGUUUAACAUCUGCAAGGCUACUGCUUCCAACCAGUCAGAUCAUAUGUCAUUCUUUUGGCACCAGCAUACAUCCCUCUCAGGAAACAGGCUUUGCCUAUAAUAAAGACUGAAAUCCUGGCCUAAAGAUGCCUCUUAACAACUUCAGGUUUGCUUUGAGAUGACAAACUGGGACAUUUAUCACCCAGAUCUGAAGGAGCAUACUGCAGCUGUUCUGAGUUACAUUAAAUACUGCACAGAUGCUGUCACUUUGGACAAAUACAUCUGGAUUUAUUCCAGCCAGAAACUCUGGAUGACUAGGGAUGUCCAGUGACUUUUGCAUGACAGAAACAAUGCUUUCAGGUCUGGUGAUGAGGUAAAAUAUAGUGUUGCUCGAGCUAGCCACGGUGGUGAGGUGGGUUAAACCGCUAAGCUGCAGAACUUGCUGAUAAGGUCAGCGGUUCGAACCCACGGACAGGAUGAGCUCCCAUUGUUAGUCCCAGCUUCUGUCAACCUAGCAGUUCAAAAUAAUGAAAUUGUGAGUAGAUCAAUAGGUACUGAUCCGUUGGCUGGUAUAUUGACUGUGCUUUUUAAUCAGUCUUUAUCUCGGUCCAUUAUUCCAUCUUGUUUGAAGACUUCCAUCAAUGUUCCGUUACCAAAUAAGUUCCCUAUUGACAAUUUUCGGAACUAUAGAACAGUGGCACACACUUUCAUCAUCAUGAAGUGCCUUGAAAUACUGGUUUGUAGUAGGCAUAUCAUUUCUUGCCGUCCAUAUACCUUUGAUAAAUAACAAUUUGCAUGUAGAACAGAUCUAUGGAGGGGAACUAUGUGAGGAUGCUUUUUGCAAACUUCAGUUCCACAUUUAACACAAUCCUUCUACAUAGACUAGUGUCUAAACUUAUGGAUAAUGGACUUUCAUAUUCAAUCUGUUUUUGGAUUAUGGACUUUUUGUCUGGAUGUUCCCAGUGGGUUAGAUUAGGUAAUCAUAUCUAUUCAGCUCUUAUUCUCAAUACGGGUACACCACAGGGCUGUCUGUUGAGUCCUUUAUAUUUUUUAUACAUAUGAUUUCACCCCUGUUUACCAUAGCAAUAUCAUUGUUAAAUUUGCAGAUGAUACAACAAUGGUGGCGGUUCUCAGCUGCUCCCAUGGUGCAGGGACAAUAAUUUGAUUCUUAACAUCAAUAAGACCAAGGAGCUUAUAGUACAGUGGUUCUCAACCUGUGGGUUCCCAGGUGUUUUGGCUUACCACUCCUAAAAAUCCCAGCCAGUUUACCAGUUGUUAGGAUUUCUGGGAGUCGAAGGCCAAAACAUCUGGGACCCACAGGUUGAGCACCACUGUUAUAGUAGAUUAAAGAAGGAAUAGAUCAGAAAUUUAGCCUUUGGUUAUAAAUGGAGCUUGAGAGGAGCAGGUGGCCAAUUUUAAGUUCCUGGGUGCUUUUGUUAAGGAGAACCUGACCUUGGGGGUUCAUACUGUGGCUGAGCAGAGAUUGUAUUAUCAGAUACUUUUAAGGAACCAAUAACUGAAUGAAAAACUGCUGGUGACUGUACUGCUGUUUUAUAGAGUGUUCUAACCUAUUGCAUCUACAUAUAACCUAUUGUAUCUGUGUAUGGUUUGCCAAUUGCACAGUGGCAGGUAGGAAAGCACUCCAAAGGGUCACAGUUACUGCCCAGAUAAUUAUUGGUUGCUCUCUCCUCUCUUUGGAAGAACUUUAUAAUUCCCACUGACUUAAGAAAGCUCCAAAUAUUCUUAAGGAGCCAUCUCACCCUGAAUAUACGUUUUUUGAAUUAUCAUCAGGCAGAUGGUAUAAGAUGAUAAAAACAAGGACAAAUAGGCAGAGAAAUAGCUUUUAUCCUAGAGCUGUGACUAUAUUGAACUCUAUGGUUUCACACUGAUGUGACAUUAGGAGCUGUGCAAUAGUAUGGGGAAUAUGGAAAGAUGGGUGUUUUGUAAUUCUACAUAUACUGUAUAAUGUGACUGAGGAUGGAUUUUGUUGUACAAUGUAAAAUGGCAAUAAAAUUAUUCUAUUCUA